CUUCGCAAAUAUCUGAAGAUUCCUGAGGUGUAUAUGGCGUCCAACAAGUGGUCAGACAUUUGGUACAAUCGCGUUGCGUCCAAAUGUAUGCAAAAGAAUAAGUCUUUGUUUAUAAAACACGAUAAACAGAGGUUUGAAGAGUACCUGAACUCGAAGACUACCAUUUCUGGCGCUGUCCUAAAACCCGUGGAAAUGGUGCACAAUGCGUAUCAGUAUUCUGUGGUCACUCUCGGGGAGCUCGAAGACCCUAAUUUUAAACUCGAGAUGGAAGUGCUGGAGAAACAAUGGCUCUCACUCUGUGAGGACAUUCAGAAAAAGGGCGGAGGUCUGUUUGAUAAUGCGAUCGCUGUGUGCGAUGUGAGCGGAUCCAUGAAUGGGACGCCUAUGGAUGCGGCCAUUGGUCUCACUAUUCUAGUCAUGUAUUUAUCGCGAGAGCCGUGGAAUUCAAUGUGCAUUACUUUCCACGAGAGCCCAUCCAUCCAUGUGGUGAACCCUAAACUGACUUUCAUAGAGAAACUGCGAUCCCUUCAGAACAUGAGUUGGGGCGGAACUACUAAUUUAAAUCUAGUCUUUGAUUUGAUUCUCAAUAAAGCAGUGGAACAGCGCCUGACGAACGAUCAGUUGCCUAAAGUGCUGAUUGUGUUCACGGAUAUGGAGUUUAGCACUGCUUUUCAUGGCGCAGAUCUCACUAACUUCGAGGCCGCU